AUGCCAUCUGAAAACAAUAACAACAACCACGCGCUACAGUUGAAGCAAGGCAAGUUGCUUCAUACCAUCUUGGAAACCUUUAAGUCGAAGAAAGAAGAGCAUGAGAAGAAGGGCAAAAUUGAAAAGCGGAAGCUAACAGUGUACUCAACGCAAGAUUGGAUCCUGCAGGCCCUCCUCAAUGGAAUCGGGGCUGUGAAAGAGGCUAUUGGUGAUACCAUUCCCAACUUCAACUCAGUGAUAAUGUUUGAAAUGCGGGAACACAAUAAGGUGUAUACAAUGCAGGUGUUCUACAAAGACGGCGAGGCAGAUCAGGAGAAAGAUAUCACUAAGGCGGUACGCGGCUGUAGCAAAUCACCGUGCCCCUACGAAGAAUUCCUCAAAUGUUGCAACGAUUACAAAACAGAUGAUCCUAAUGUACCCUGCAAACUCCCGUGA